AUGCGUUUCGAGAAGACGAAUGAAAUGCUUGUAAAUUGCUGUGCCCUAUCCAGCAGGCGGUUGGAGAAGGCGAAGAAGGAACUGAUUUUCAAUCGGCAGCUGAUCCUUGAGAUGAAGUCCGACCUGGAAUCCAUAUUUCGUCGCAUACGUGCCUUGAAGCAGAACUAUAUCAGCAAAUAUCCACAAAUUUAUCAGCAUUUUGGUAGGCGCUCCGCUUUCAUCUGUUCUGGAUUACUGCUGUUGUGA